GCCACUAACCCACUAUGGUUCACACAUUCCUAUUUAUGCAAGAUUUUUUGUUUCAUACAGUGUGAGCCAUUGAUAUCCCAAGAUGACAACAGAGAGACAGAAAAUUUCUGUUCCUUUUAUCUGGGAAGAAAGACCUGGCAUACCCAACAAAGAUUGGAAACCCAGAGAUCAUAAACCCUCAAAUACCCUAAAGUUUGUUCCUACUAUCAAGCUCAUACCUUCGAUCCCCUUCAACUGGGAGGAUAAACCGGGAAGACCGCUUCCUAGAUUCCUGCUUCCGUUUCCACCACAGUUUAUGGGUGAUUCCGGAUUCAUCACAAGAAAGCCAGGAGCAACACUAGGAGAGCUGAUGAUGAUGAGCCAAAGAAGAAGCUGCCCUGGAAAAGCUAAGCAAAAGCAGAAACAGAGUAUGACUAGGGAGCAGAAAUUCAUAGGGAGUGCUCACGGAUGCUGCAUGUUUGGAGGGGGGGAAAACAUUGGAGAUUUGCACACCAACUGGAAGAGGGAAUUAAAACUUCUCCCAAAAGUCUGAAACUUGCUUGGCUUUCAAUGUUUACAGAACAAUAAAGACAACUGAUUAGC